GCCGGAAGCCACGGAGGACGCCUGGUUUGUCCGCGCAGAGCACGCGCAGCAGGGAACGUGGUCGGGGCGGUUGGUGAUCGCGUGUCGGUGGUCGUCGUCCCCCGCGAAGGAAGGCGAUGUCGUCGGAGGGCAGCACCCGCGUGGAGGGCAGCGCUUUGUUCGCGGGCUUCCGCGCGCUCGGCCUCUUCUCCAACCACUUGGCGCACGUGGUGCGCUUCCACCGCCGCCACCGGGAGUUCUACCUGGUCACCGCGGUGGGGAAGAGCUUCCACACUUACAACGUGAAGAAACUAGGCUUGGUUGCUGUUAGCAAUGCUUUGCCACAGGACAUUACCUGUUUGGCAGCCGACAGAAUGUUGGUCUUUGCAUCUUACGGCAGUCUUCUCCAUGCUUUUGCACGGAACAAAGAGGUGGUUCACACUUACAAAGGUCACAGAGCAGAUGUUCGCCUUGUACUGCCGUUUGGGGAUCAUUUGAUUUCUGUUGAUCGUGAUAACAUUCUCAUUAUUUGGGAUGUACAGUCAGAAGAAGAAUACUUGCAGAUGAAUUUUGAUAAGACAGUGUUUGCUGUUUCUGCAAUUAUGCACCCAAGUACCUAUUUGAAUAAAAUUCUUCUUGGUAGUGAACAAGGAAAUCUACAGUUGUGGAAUGUAAAAUCCAACAAACUUUUAUAUACAUUUCCCGGCUGGGGAGCAGGAGUAACAGUCCUUCAACAGGCCCCAGCAGUGGAUGUCAUUGCAGUAGGUCUUGUGUCUGGUCACAUCAUAGUGCACAAUAUAAAAUUUGAUGAAACGCUGAUGAAAUUCCAACAAGACUGGGGUCCCAUAACAGCCAUAUCAUUCCGUACAGAUGGACACCCAGUUAUGGCUGCUGGAAGUCCUGUUGGGCAUAUUGGGUUGUGGGAUCUAGAAGAAAAUAAACUUCAGGGCCAGCUGAGAGAUGCCCAUUCUACAGCAAUUUCUGGUAUGUCGUUUGUCCAAGGGGAACCACUUCUUAUUACCAAUGGUUCGGACAAUGCAAUAAGGGUAUGGAUCUUUGAUGGCCCUGGAGGAAGCGGUAGGUUGCUGAGAUUCCGAAUGGGCCACAGUGCACCUCCAACAAAAAUCAGAUAUCAUGGGCAAAAUGGGCAGCAAAUACUCAGUGCCGGACAAGAUAGUACCUUGCAGUCAUUUUCCACAGUGCAUGAGCGAUUCAACAAAAGCUUAGGACGCGGUUCCAUAAAUAAAAAGAAAUCAAAAAAGAAAGGACUCCGGUAUGAUACAUUGGCUCUUCCACCUAUUACAACAUUUGCUACAGAGGUGGCCCGUCAAAGUGACUGGGAUGGGAUCAUUGCUUGCCAUCAAGGUUAUGUAACCUGUACUACCUGGAAUUAUCAGAAAGGGUCAAUGGGAAUUCAUAAACUGACGCCACAAGACUUCAGCAAAAAUAAACCUCCUGGUGUAUCUGCAACAGCAGUAGAUAUCAGUUCCUGUGGAAACUUCGCUGUAAUUGGACUUUCAACGGGCCAUGUGGAUGUAUACAACAUGCAGUCUGGCAUUCAUAGAUGGCGUUAUGGCAAAGAAAAAGCUCAUGAAGGCUCCAUAAGAGGGGUAGCCGUGGAUGGAUUAAACCAGCUGACAACCACAGCAGGAAGUGAAGGAUUGAUCAAGUUCUGGAAAUUCAAGAGCGCAAAAUUUGUUCACUCUAUUAACCUCCCUUCAUCUCCAAGCAAAAUGUUGCUUCACAGGGACAGUUGCAUUCUGGGAAUUGUUACAGAUGACUUCACCAUUAGUGUCCUGGAUAUAGAAACACGAAAAAUUGUGAGGAAGUUUUCAGGGCACCAAGGCCAGAUAAAUGACCUGGCUUUCAGUUCUGAUGGCCGCUGGCUAAUAACGGCAGCUAUGGACUGCACUAUUAGAACCUGGGAUCUGCCAUCUGGGUGCCUUGUCGACUGUUUCCUACUAGAUUCAGCAGCAGUAAGCAUUACUAUGUCUCCUACGGGAGACUUCUUAGCUUCUUCCCAUGUAGAUGAUCUUGGAAUUUACCUGUGGUCUAACCGUUCGCUCUAUUCGCUUGUCUCUCUGCGUCCGCUCCCACCGGAUUAUGAGCCUUCCGUAGUAACGCUUCCUGGAACAUGUCCAGCUCAAGAUGUAGGUGUCACAGAAGAGGAAGAAAUAAGCGAUGAGAUGAUAGAAUAUGAUUCUCCAGAACAGCUGGGAGAAGCAUUAGUGACCCUUUCUAUGUUGCCAAAAUCUAGAUGGAAGAACCUCCUCAAUCUUGAUAUUAUAAAGCAAAAGAACAAACCCAAAGAGCCACCAAAAGUGCCAAAAUCUGCACCGUUCUUCAUCCCCACAAUUCCUGGCCUCGUACCGCAAUAUGCUUCUAUUGAACAUGAAAAUGGUGGGCAACAGUCAAAAGUAGUAAAUCUUGGAGUACUGGCACAAAAAUCUGAGUUCUACCUGAAGCUUGAAGAAGCUCUGAUAAACAGUGACUAUAAAUCUCCGCUCCGUAUUCUGAAGGACAUGGGACCAUCUAAUACGGAGGCAGAACUGAGAGGCUUGUCCCCCGAUGGCGGUGGCUCUGUUAUGGCGAUGCAAAGCUUCCUAAGAAUGAUUGAGGCCAUGCUGACUGCGAAAUGCGACUUUGAACUGGCUCAGGCGUACCUUGCGUUGUUUCUGAAGUUGCACUUGAAAAUCCUAUCUUCAGAACCAGAUCUGCUGGCAGAAUUGUCCAGACUGUCACCCCAGCUUGAAGAAAUUUGGGUGCAUUUACAGACACUUUUCAACCAAAGCCUUUGCAUUUUAAAUUACAUGAAGACUGCUUUGUUGUAACAUUCCUUUUGUUCUAUAAGAAUGCCCAGUUUAAUGUACAAAUCAGGUUUAAUAAUGGAUGUUUUCUCAAGUUUCGAAAAGGUAACUGUACAGCUUGACUUGGUAACUUUAUUUUGUACAAAUUUAAACAUGAAUCUGUGCUACCUUCACAAAUAAGGUGUGCCUUUAUUACUGUGUACAGGUGAAACUCGGAAAAUUAGAAUAUCGUUGAAAAGUGCAUUUAUUUCAGUAAUGCAUUUUUUUAAAAAAAAAGUUUUACAAAUGCUUUCUAUUGAAAGUUCCACAGUAAUAAAACAAAUAGUUACAAUAAUACAAAAAUAAACAUCGCUAUUACAUUUCAUUAAUUACAUUCCAUUUAUAAUUGACCUGCCGAAGGACAAAUAAUUACAUUUACAACAAAUAAAGGCUUGACAUAUCUUGCUUUGCAUGUCAUGCAUCUAUCUCAUAUAUUGGUUUCACCUUUUAAGUUGUGUUACUGAAAUAAAUGCACUUUUCAACGAUAUUCUAAUUUUCCAAGUUUCACCUGUAAAUGACUCCUGAAACAGUAAAGUUCCCUGUAAAAAAUGAUAUAUUCAAUAUGGUAAAACACUCAAUUUGCAGUUAUAAAUCUAAAUAAAUUUUAAGAGGUGGUGCCUGAUGAAUUAUUUGGGAACGUUGAUGUUGGACAGGUGCGGUCCUAGUCACUACCUAGCGGAAGACCAUGUAAGAGUAGGAUAAUAAAAAAUGGUCAAGAUGUGAAAUUCUGUGUGCUGAAAAACACUUUUUGUAUAUUGAACAGAUGUGUGCAGUAGCUGCAAAAUUUAAAUUUCUUUAAUAACUAACAAAUAUAAUGUGCAUCACCUUAAACCAAUUUGGAUGUUUUCAUAAAUUCUAAACAUCACAGAAUGCAGCAGAAACUUGCCAUAUAAGCUACAUUAUUCAAGUUCCCUUAAUUAAAUGUUACAUAACUGCGAGAAGUGAAGUUAUUGGGAACUAGGCAGAGGACCUACUCAGUAGUGGCACCCACCCUGUGGACGCCCUUCCAACUAUGCAACUUUUAAAAGACAUCUGAAGGCAGCCCUGUAUAGGGAAGUUUUUAAUGUUCGAUGUUUUAUUUUGCUUUUAUAUUUGUUGGAAGCCGCCCAGAGUGGCUGAGGCAACCCAUUCUGAUGGGCAGGGUAUGAAUAAUAAAAAUUAUUACAGUAUUGUUAUUAUUCUUGUGUGUUUACUAAUUCAGUCCAUUAUUCCUAAACUAAAAAGGCCUUAGAAUUUCAACCAUGGAAGGUGCUUUGCCUUUUUAAACGUUUCACUGGAGAUUGAUUUAGUAAUACAAAAAUACUCUUUGGAAAGAAAAUUGAAAACCCAGCUCUAGAAUGAUACGGAAUUCUGUUUUAGAGUGAAAAACAACUUUUGCUGCAUUUAAAUUUUAGCUAUAACAAAUAGUUCAUAAAAUAAGGAUAUUCCUAUAUAAUGUAUUGAUUGAAAGGAUUCUUGAAGCCCAGUGCUAUGUUCUG